AUGGCAAAUUACAAUUUUGUCUGGUCUGGUCCAAAAUUAACCGCAGAGUUAAAUUUCAGUUACUGGGAACUGUUGAUGACAACACAUUUAAAAGCUCACAAUGUUUGGAGCUUUGUAGAUCCUCGUUUACAAGAAGGAGCUGAUGAAGUUGCUCGUAGAAAGGACCAGUUGGCACUUUCACAAAUUUAUCAAGGAAUUGAUUACUCAAUAUUUGGCAAAAUAGCAAAUGCCAAAACUGCUAAAGAACCGUGGGACAUAUUGAAGCUGUCACAUAAAGAAGUAGAGAAAGCUCAGAAGUCCAAAUUACAAUCGCUGCGUAGAGAAUAUGAAAGGUCCGAAAUGUCAAAUUCAGAAACAGUAGAACAAUAUUUUUCUCGUGUUAUAAAUCUCGUCAACAAGAUGCGAGUAUAUGGAGAAGAUAUUCCAGAUAGCAAAGUGGUAGAAAAAAUUCUGCGUACGAUGCCGAUGAAGUUUGACCAUGUGGUGACUACAAUAAUUGAGUCCCACGAUACAGAUACUCUGUCUGUAGCAGAAUUACAAGGAAGCAUUGAAAGUCAUGUCAACAGAAUAUUAGAAAAGACCGAAAAGGUGGUAAAAGAAGAAGCUCUAAAGAGUCAGGUGAAUUUCAACACUUCUGAGUCAAGUCAUAUUGUAGAAGAAAGAGAUCAAAAUACUUUCAACAGAGGAAGAGGAAAUUAUAGAGGCAGAGGCUGA